UGUCAUUUUUCUGUCAUUAGAUUUCUUGAGAUCGGGGCCGAAAGUGCUUUUUGUGAUAAAUUAGUUAGAUAUCUCAUAAAAUAUGGCAGAUACCGCUACUGAAAUACCUUUAGAUAUUGGGGAUAGUGUGCGGGAGUCUGUUAAAAAUGCUACAGAGAAGGUGCCCUCGAGUAUCGAGGGUAUCGCUAUUGCCUACCUGAGUUUAGUUGUUAUGGCUAUUUUGCCGAUAUUUUUCGGGUCUUUUAGAUCAGUGAAAUACCUGAAGGAGCAAAAGGAAUCCGGCGAGAAGCAUGAGACGAUGUCGAACAAGGACGCGCUGAUGUUCCCGCUGAUCGCGUCGUGCGCGCUGUUCGCGCUGUACAUCUUCUUCCAGUUCUUCUCCAAGGAAUACAUCAACCUGCUGCUCACCGGCUACUUCUUCUUCCUCGGCGUCCUAGCCUUGAGCCAUCUUCUGAGCCCGAUCAUCGCGUUCAUGGUCCCGGUGUCGAUUCCCAACGUGCCCUAUCACAUCCACUUCACGCGCGGAGCCGGCGACGCUAAGUCCGACAUCGUCAACUACAAGUUCACGUCGUAUGACGUCAUCUGCGUGCUCAUCUCGCUGUGCCUCGGCGCCUGGUAUCUGCUGAAGAAGCACUGGAUCGCCAACAACCUGUUCGGCAUCGCGUUCGCUAUCAACGGCGUGGAACUUCUCCACCUGAACAACGUAGUGACUGGCUGCAUCCUGCUAUGCGGACUGUUCCUCUACGACAUCUUCUGGGUCUUCGGCACCAACGUCAUGGUCACCGUCGCCAAGUCCUUCGAGGCGCCCAUCAAACUGGUGUUCCCCCAAGACAUCCUGGUCAACGGCCUGCAAGCGGACAACUUCGCGAUGCUCGGGCUCGGCGACAUCGUGGUACCGGGGAUCUUCAUCGCCCUGCUGCUUCGCUUCGACAAGAGCCUGGCGCGUGGCUCCGAGCUCUAUUUCCGCUGCACGUUCGCAGCAUACGUCGCUGGUUUGCUGUGCACCAUCGCCGUAAUGCACGCCUGGCGUCGCGCUCAGCCUGCCCUGCUGUACCUCGUGCCGCUGUGCCUGGCCACGCCUCUACUGCUCGCGCUGCUCAAGGGCGACCUCAAGGCGCUGUUCAACUACGAAGAUCAACCCGCUGAGAAGCCCGACAGCAAGGCGGCCAAGAAGAACGAGUAAAGACCCCGCUGUCAAUCUCCCGGUCCCUGUGUCCCCUAGUCUCCUGGUCUUCGGGUCUCGGGUCCUCAGCACAAAGCGGCGCCCUCUAAGUACAUACAUACAUACGCUAGGGCUUGGAUACCGUUUUCAACACCUUCAUUGAUUUGGGUAUCGAAACUGUUAAAUUUAUUGUCAGGGUAAUUCUAGUAAAACACGUGUAUUUUAAAAAAUAUUGAUUCAGGUUACCGGUGGUACAGAUAUACAAGGCUACCGGUACAACGCGAUCUGGUAUCCGAGCCUGUGACACCCGCGGAUAUGUUUUAUUUUUGUAUCUCGACGCUACGGGACCAUGGCGCGUGAGUUCGGCUCCACACGUCGCCAUUUUAAUUGAACCGCAUUUGUUUACAAAAGUGCGUUUAUCGAUAUGUUUUAAUUGUAAUCUUGUCGGAUGACGAGUGUCUUCCGCCUCCAUCUUCCAUUGUUUCGUUCCGGUAUGGUCUAGUGUAGGCAUGACAAGGCUUUUUGCGCAUAAUUGUAGGUUGUAUGUUAUAGCCAUAGAAAUUAAUUACAUGUUUGAAAACCGCGAUGCAUGACUAUGAAUAUUUUUUAUAUGCGACUAUUUUCCUUUAAAGCUUCUAAUUUAUGUUAAGGUUUUUAGCCGAAAUCAUUGUAUAUAAUGUUUUGUUUCCUAGAAAAAUGUGAACAUAUUAUUAGUUUAAUAAGUUUAUUUUUGUUAUACGAAUUUCUUUGAAUUAUACACAACCGGAACUUUGUAGCCCGAUGAGUUACCGAUCAGUUAUAUUUCUUCGCUGUUGUCAAAUAAAGUUCUCUUAUUUUAAAUUUUAGGUAGGUGGCAUGUAUAUCAUAAUAAUGAACUUUUAUACAUAAGAAUUUUACAUUAAAGAAUGAAUUGGAACGGCCAAGCCGGUAGACAUCAGGUGUGAAGGAUUGUAAUCGUAAGGCAUUUAUAGAAUAUUUAAACAUAUGUAUAAUCAAUUAUGUAACGAUAUCUUCUAGACAUAAAUCCGUAGUAUCAAAGUAUGUCUGUAGCUCAAUUGUCCCAGACACAUAUUUUACUAAAUAUUUAACGAUUUUCGGUGCAGUGAUUUUCAAUUUUAAUUUCUUCUGAGAGAAAAUCUUUGAUUAAUCCACUUUUAAUAAUUUAUGGUCACAUUCGCAACUAUGCAUUUAUUUCCUUGCUAUUGUCACUAUUGUGAGUAAUUUUUGUGUAUAUUUUGUCUUAGUUUGUAUCAAGUUGAGAAUCACUGCUCUAGGAAUCGUGUUUUAGAAAUUAUCAGUGCAAUAUCCAUUUAUAUGUGUCCAUUAUAUGUAUUUUAUUGUCAAAUCAGGCAACCGGUAUAGAUCGGUUUUUAUACUGAUACCGAUUUAACGUGACCGUGCUUCCUCAAGAGAAGUGACGUUCUGUUUUUUAAAAACGAAAAUAUUUAUUACCUUCCGGUUGUCUGAUGAUUAGAAUGAUCGAUGUCGAUAACUUC